AUGGCUCGUCCUAAGAAGUCGGCUGCCGAGAAGCAGCAGCCCGCUCAAGUUCCUGUUCCUCAGCAGCAGCACAUUCAGCAUCAUCAGCAGCCCCUCGUCCCGACUCCCAUGAUGCCUGUCCCAGUCGCCGCUGCAGUUGUUCCUCCGCCUCAGGCUGUCAUGCCUCAGCGCGUGGUCGACAACGAUAGCUUCCUGCGAGUACGCGAUUCGGCUGUUGGUCGUCUCACCACCAUUCUGGAGCUUCUCCGCUCCUUCACUGCCGACUAUGUUCGACAGACCAACCUUCUCCUCGGUGAGCCCACUGCUGAGGGCUCCCAGGAUAACCUCCUGGCCACCUUUGAGCAUGCUGCCCAGCAGCUCAUUAUGCCCGUCCCUGAGCUUGCUCCCCCUGUUGAGGAGAAGAAGGAGCGCAAGAAGCGAACCAUUGACCCCAACGCCCCCAAGCGUCCCCUCACUCCCUACUUCCUAUACAUGCAGCACGCUCGCUCUAUUAUCGCGAACGAUCUUGGCGCUGAGGCUCCCAAGGGUGCUGUUCAGGAGGAGGGUCAGCGACGAUGGGCCAACAUGAGCCCCCAUGAGAAGCAGGGUUGGAACAAUGCCUACCAGUACAACCUUCGUCUGUACAACGCUCGUGUCCACUCAUACAAGAACGGCAACCCUCACGCCAAGGGCAUGUCUGAUGAGGAGGCGCUCAAGUACGCUGAGGACUUCCACAUCCCCAUGCCCGAGCUCAAGGAUGCUGCCCAAGCUGCGGCUCCCGCCGACGACCAGGAUGCUAUCGCUGAGCAGCUUCAGCAUGUUGCUGCUGCCCCUGUCGCUGAGGAGCCCGAGGAGGAGGAGACCCCUGCCAAGACACCCAAGAAGGCUACCGGUGGCCGCAAGCGCAAGACGGCCACUCCCGCCGCCGCCGUCGAGGAGGUUAAGACCCCUGCGCCCGCCAGCCCUGACAAGAAGCGAAGGCGCACCUCGACAAAGCUCGCCGCCGCUGAGGUUCAGGAGGAGCCCAAGAAGUCGGGUCGCAAGAAGGCUAAGAGCUCCUGA